AUGUCAUCUCUCUAUCACAAAGCCAACCGACCAUACGAGGACGAACAUGGUAGAGAGGAAAGCCGACACAGAGGCGUGGCGAUGCCGUCGCUGUCAGGGCAGGUCGACUUCGAGAAACUUAAUGCUCGACUCACACCCGCUGCACUCCUACACACGCAGCUUAGCCGUGACGCGCUGGUUUUUAACUACACCACGUACAAAGCACAACAAAAACGCAAAGAUGCUCAGAAAAACCCAAAGACAGAAUUACUGCCGGUUCUGAAGCGGUACCAGGACCAGAGGCAGCCUGAAUACAUCCACCAGAAAAACCGGGAGAGGCUUAUCAGCGCUGGCUGGAAGCCCUUGUCCUCCACCUCUGUUAGGGGAGAGAAGCCAGAGUCAUCCCCAGAGAGACGACCUUCCCCUACAGUGCAACUCCCCCAGAUCCCAGACCAUGUCAAAGAUGGAAAGGUGCAGCUGACUCGUAGUUCACUGGAUUCUCCUGUCCCUUCAAAAAGACCUCGUUCCUCCAAAAGCAGACCUGUCACCCCUGCGACCGUCGGCUCGGCCUCCGGCCCGCCCCCGCAGAGCCCUCUGCUGUUUAGUUCCGCGGAGGAGGUGAUCCGCGCCAGGAUACGAUCCCCUCCCGAUAUCGUCCGGACCAUUUCGGCGAACCCUCACCUGGGGUUCCUGUACCUGACCCCUGCUGAGCCCAAAUCGUCCAACAAAUAUGACGCCUUCAACCUCAAGAUCGUCACCUACGACAACAUCAACAAGACGCACCACUACACCAUCAGCCAGAGGGGCGUCACCUGCUACUGUGAAGACCAAGUGGAGUUCCUUUCCCCGGAACGUUGGCUUUACGAAUAUCAGUGUCACCAACGACUCCUGCAGAUUCCGGCUUUUAGGCUCUUCCGCAAGUGGAAGGCCUUCCGCGUGUGGAGGAACAACGUUCGCUCCAAGAUGAUCAAAAAGAACAAACGUUUGCUGCAGGAGCACCUCUUCAUCGUCAACGAGUUUUUGCGUCCGGCGUUGAUGAACAUCAGAGAAAUGUGCUAUCGUAUCAGUGACAUGGCCUUGUGUCGGAUAGAGAAAGAACACACUUACACACUUCAGGAGUUUCAGACAGCCCAGUACACAAAACUGGAGGAGGUUUCCUCUCGUCUGGCUGAGUUUAGAGAACUGGUGAAGGAGGUGACGAAGAGUGCCUGUCGCACUGCGUUCCUUGAGGCUGGAUACACACCCCAGUACAUCAGCUGUGAUACAGAUGGAGAAGAAGGGAUGAACAUAGAUGAGAUGUACGGGGAGACCACAGAGAAUUUGACCUACACUGAGGAGUGCAACAAGAGACGCUUCUGCAGACGCCUCACCUGCUUUAUUCGUCUGGCUGAUUACCUCAUACUGAACACCAUGCACGUGCUGACGGUGAACUCCGUCGGCAGGCUGCUCAACGUCCUUCAGGAACAGGCUCAACACGCACCCUCGGACGCUGACAUACAGAGCUGGGCCAGCCCAGAGAGCCCGCACGACCCAGACAAGAAGGUUCGCUUUCAGUGUACUGAAGAGGCCAGUCUUUUGCCUGUGUUCACGACUGAGUUGAUGCUAGACACACACUCCCUACACUUCCUGCCCUCUCUGGAGGACUUCCAGGAGUGUGUUGCAGAGAUCAUUUCUCAGUUUCAGCAGACUGUGCUGUCUGUGGACAACUUGGUUUGUGACUCUUACUUUAACAUCUUCACUCAGCCAGUGAUCAACAACAAGGUAGAGGAAAGUCAGAUAGAAAGUGAAACAGGACCAAGUCUGGAGCCUAUGCUGGAGGAAGAUGACCAUCUGAGGAACAUCAUCCUCAACAUAAAGAAAUCUCUGGACUCUGCAUUUGGUGCCGCUAACGUCUAUGCCCGCACUUUUGAGCCGUUCCGCCUGUUCUACAAGGAGAACGAAAACCUGGACCUGGAUGAUCUGAAAGAACAGGACCACGACGUGGUGUUUUUUGGGGACAGUUUGGCAAAGUACCACCGUCAGCAUAAGGAAGCUCAGGCCAUUAAACAGAAGAGACAUUUGGGUAUGCUGCUAGUGGACACCACCCAGCUAAAGAACAAACUCAUCCCGUCUCCGCUGCGCUGCCUGGAGGCCAUCCAUGACAUGUUGCCACGCCUUGCCAAGAAGAAAAUGGACGCCAUCAUCGCUGAGGCUCAGGACGCGCAGUUCAAACUGGAGUUCGUCCCCACGGCAACCACCGAGUAUGUCAACUCCCUGACCUUCCUGGAGGAGAUUCAGCAGAGGAUUGAAGAGCUAGAGGAGGAGACAGAAACCGUAUGCAAGAUGUAUCAGUUGAUUGACAGCUACUCGGUACCGACCCCGCCCGAAGACUUUGCCGUCUACACCAUGCUGCGCCCCUCCGUCACAGCGGUGAGGAACGCCAUCGACAAAGCUCUGGGAGAGAGGGACUCUAACAUCACCAAGUUCUGUCAACACCUCCAGCGGGAUAUUGAUCAGCUCAAUGUGGAGGUGAAGAGAAUCAAACAGCAAGCCCAGGACAGACAGAUUCUGGACAUUAACGCUGAUCGAUCCAAAGUUCGCAUGUUACUGGGGGAGAUUCAGAUCUCUAUAGAUGAACUGCAGGCUCAGGCCUUCCAGUACAAAUCCUACCAGAAGAACUUUAAGGUGGAGGUGACUAAGUAUGAGGCUUUGGAGGAGCUGAGUGCAGAGGUGAAACUGAAACAGUUGCUCUGGGAUUCUCUGGAGGAGUGGGAGUCUCUACAGGCCUCCUGGAUGCAGAGUAAGUUUGACGAGCUGGAUCCGGAAGCCUUGAGUGCCCAGGUUGGUAAAUAUGCCAAGUUUGUGGUUCAGCUGGAGAAAGGCCUGCCCCCCAACAGCGUCGUGCCCAGGCUCAAACGCAAAGUCGAGGGCAUGAAAGAGAAGCUCCCGGUGAUAACAGACCUGCGGAACCCCUGUCUGAAGAUGAGACAUUGGGAGAUGUUGGAGGCCAUUGUGGACGCCAGUUUGGUGGAGCAGCCUCUCACUCUGUCUGCUCUAGAGGAUCUCAACAUCUUUCACUACGACGCAGAGAUCCAAGAGGUUUCAGGACAAGCUUCAGGAGAAGCGUCGCUGGAGACUAUUCUCAAAAAGGUUGAAGACUCGUGGAAGACGACGGAAUUUGUGGUGCUGACUCACCGUGACUCUAAAGAUGUUUUCAUCCUCGGAGGCACGGACGAUAUUCAGGUUCUGCUGGACGACAGCAUCAUUAACGUUGCAACUGUGGCGUCCUCUCGUUACGUGGGACCUAUCAAGGCCAGAGUAGAAGAGCUGCAGAGACGUUUGGGUCUUUUCAACCAGACCCUGGAUGAAUGGUUGACAUUCCAGAGGAACUGGUUGUAUUUAGAGAGUAUCUUCAGUGCUCCGGACAUUCAGAGGCAGUUGCCCACUGAGGCUAAGAUGUUCCUGAAGGCCGAUAAAUCCUGGAAGGAGAUCAUGAGGAAGGUCAACCGCUUGCCCAAUGCACUCAGGGCUGCCACACAGCCAGGGCUUUUGGAGGUAUUCCAAAACAACAAUGUUCUGCUGGAGCAGAUUCAGAAAUGCCUGGAAGCAUACCUGGAAUCUAAGAGAGUCAUCUUUCCUAGGUUCUACUUCCUGUCCAAUGACGAGCUCCUGGAGAUUCUGGCCCAGACCAGGAACCCGCAGGCGGUGCAGCCUCACCUGAGGAAAUGUUUCGACGCCAUCGCGAGGUUAGAGUUCGCCCUGCUACCUCCGCCCGCCCCCUCCGACCCCGCCGCCCCGCCGGCCCCGCCCGAGCCGGAGGCCGAGAAAAUAUACAGCAACGACAUACUCGCGAUGCUCUCACCGGAGGGAGAAAAGGUGGCGUUGGGUAAGGGACUGAAGGCUCGUGGGAAUGUGGAGGACUGGUUGGGGAAGGUUGAAGAGGCCAUGUUUUCCUCUCUGAGGAAACUCAGUAAAGCAGCCAUUACAGAUUACCAAAACAAAUCCAGAGUCGAAUGGGUGGUUUCCGGACACCCCUCACAGGUGGUGUUGACUAUCUCUCAGAUGAUGUGGUGUCGUGAUAUGGAUAACUGUUUAGAGGGAGACCACGACCAUUUUCAGGCUCUGCAGGAGUUUGAGCUCACCAACUUUGAGAGACUCAACGCCCUGGCCGCCCUGGUGCGUGGGAACCUUCCCAGUAUCCAUCGAAACAUCAUCACUGCUCUCAUCACUGUGGACGUCCACGCCCGUGACAUUGUCACUGACCUCAUUAAAGAGAAGGUGGAUUCGAGCAGUAAUUUUGAGUGGCAGAGACAGCUGAGGUAUUACUGGGAUGUGGACAUAGAUAACUGUGUGGCCCGGAUGGCUCUGUCUCAGUAUAUCUACGGCUAUGAGUACCUCGGUGCCUGCCCACGCCUGGUCAUCACUCCGCUUACUGACCGUUGUUACCUUUGCCUGAUGGGGGCGCUGCAGCUGAACUUGGGCGGGGCCCCAGCGGGGCCGGCAGGCACAGGGAAAACUGAGACCACCAAAGACCUGGCCAAAGCCCUCGCCAUACAGUGUGUGGUCUUUAACUGCUCUGACGGCCUUGACUAUAAGAUGAUGGGGACUUUUUUCAGUGGUCUGGCUCAGUCAGGGGCAUGGUGCUGUUUUGAUGAGUUUAAUCGCAUCAACAUUGAGGUGCUAUCUGUCAUCGCUCAGCAACUCAUCACCAUCCGGAAUGCCAAAGCCGCCAAGCUGGCUCGGUUCCUGUUUGAGGGACGGGAGAUUAAGCUGGUGAUGACCUGUGCAGCGUUCAUCACUAUGAACCCGGGUUACGCUGGCAGAACCGAGCUGCCCGACAACCUCAAGGCCCUGUUCAGACCCAUUUCCAUGAUGGUGCCCAACUACGCCCUCAUCGCUGAGGUGAUCCUGUACUCGGAGGGCUUUGAGUCCAGUAAGACUCUGGCGAGGAAGAUGACUCAGAUGUAUAAGCUUUGCAGUGAGCAGCUUUCCCAGCAGGACCACUACGACUUCGGCAUGAGGGCCGUCAAAUCCGUGCUCGUCAUGGCCGGUUCCCUAAAAAGGGAAAACCCCCACCUGAGUGAGGAUGUGGUGUUGAUCAGAGCUCUGCGGGACUCCAAUCUGCCCAAGUUCCUCACAGACGACGCUGUACUGUUUGGUGGCAUUCUCUCAGACCUCUUCCCCGGCGUCAUCAUUCCCGAGCACGACUACGGCGUCUUGCAGUCCACCAUCCAGUCCAGUCUCUCCCAGCGUUCCCUCCAGGCGCUUCCCAGCAUGACCAGUAAGGUCAUCCAGCUCUACGAGACCAUGCUGGUCCGACACGGCGUCAUGUUGGUGGGCCCCACCGGCGGGGGUAAGACCACCGUCUACCGGGCCCUGGCCGACUCGCUGGAAACCCUGCAUCGAGAAGGACACCAAAACCCCUUUUUCCGCCCGGUCAAAACCUACGUGCUCAACCCCAAGUCCAUCAGCAUGGGGGAGCUUUACGGGGAGGUCAAUCCGCUGACCUUGGAGUGGAGGGACGGCCUCAUGGCCCUGAGCGUGAGGGCGGCGGUCAAUGACCCCGGCGACGACCACAAGUGGGUGAUUAGCGACGGGCCAGUGGACGCACUUUGGAUUGAAAACAUGAACACGGUGUUAGAUGACAACAAGAUGCUUUGUUUGGCCAACAGUGAGAGGAUUAAACUCACGCCGGAUAUACACAUGGUGUUUGAGGUCCAGGAUCUGGCAGUGGCCUCUCCUGCUACUGUGAGUCGCUGUGGAAUGGUUUAUAUAGAUCCAGAGGAGCUUAAGUGGAUGCCUUACGUGCAGACCUGGAUGUCGGGCCUGUCUGAGAAGAUGCCGGAGGCGGUGCGUGUGUAUCUGCUGGGUCUGUUUGAGCAGUAUGUGAAUAAGGGCUUGCAGUUUGUGUCAAAGCACUGUGCUCAGGCCAUAGCUCAAGUCGACAUCAGUAAAGUCACUACCCUCUGCUGCCUGCUGGAGGCGCUGCUUCUCAGCAAGGGUGCCCCUGAUCUCAACGUGGACUCCGGUAAGCUGAACAGCAUGCUCUGUCAGACCUUUGUGUUCUGUUACCUGUGGGCAGUGGGAGGGAAUUUGAUGGACAGUUACUGGGACUCCUUUGAUACCUUCGUGCGGCAGCAGUUUGAAGACAACAGUGAGGCUAAGCUGCCAACGUUAGGUGACCUGUGGAGCGUGUACAUGAAUUUCACGAACAGACGUCUGGAGCCGUGGGAGAAGAUCAUCCCCUCGUUUAAGUAUGACCGUGACACACCUUUCUUUGAGAUGCUGGUCCCCACCACCGACACGGUGCGCUACGGAUUUCUGAUGGAAAAGCUACUCUCUGUAAGACACUCUGUCCUCUUCACGGGCAUCACUGGAGUGGGCAAGUCUGUUGUUGCCCGUGGGUUACUGAACAGCAUCCAGGACAAGGCCAGUUACGUGCCCGUGUAUAUCAACUUCUCCGCCCAGACCUCCUCAGCCCGGACCCAGGAAAUCAUAGAGUCCAAACUGGAGAAGAAGAGAAAGAACAUAUUGGGUGCUCCGAGUAAUAAAAAACUUGUGGUGUUUGUGGAUGAUCUGAACAUGCCCAAGUUGGACAGCUACGGUUCCCAACCCCCUAUAGAACUCCUCCGACAGUUCCAGGACUUCCAUGGCUUCUAUGACAGAGAGAAGUUCUUCUGGAAAGAGAUUCAGGACAUGACGAUCGCUGCAGCAUGUGCCCCACCGGGUGGGGGUCGUAACCCCGUGACCCCUCGUUUCAUCCGCCACUUCAGCAUGCUCUGCCUGCCCACACCCUCAGAGGGCAGCCUCAAACAAAUCUUUAAGGCGAUUCUGGGUGGAUUCCUGGCGGAGUUUCCCACAGCGGUCAGGCAGACCGCCGGCAGCAUCGUAGGCGCUGCCGUGGAGAUCUACCAUCGGAUGAGCGUGGACCUACUGCCGACACCGGCUAAAUCUCACUACGUCUUCAACCUCAGAGACCUGUCUAAGUGUGUGCAGGGUAUGUUGCAGUGUGAUUCGGGAACAGUGAGAGAUCAAAACCAGAUCUUCCGUCUGUUUUGUCACGAGUGCCAACGUGUGUUUCACGAUCGUCUCAUCAACAACGAGGACAAGACCUACUUUAACGCGAUGCUAUCUGAGAUGGCCAGCAAAUAUUUUAGCUUCAAUCUGGAACCGAGCUACUUUGUGAAGCAGCCCAUUAUCUUUGGAGAUUUCAUCAAGGUGGGUGCAGAAAAAGCAGACCGUAUCUACGAGGAUUUGACAGACAUAGAGAAGAUUCGCUCCGUCUUGCAGGACUACCUGGACGACUACAACAUGACCUUCUCCAAAGAGACCAAGCUGGUUUUCUUCCAGGACGCCAUUGAGCAUGUGUCCAGGAUCGCUCGUAUGAUUCGCCAGGAGCGUGGUAACGCGCUAUUGGUCGGCGUGGGCGGUACCGGGAAGCAGUCUCUCACGCGAUUGGCCGCGCACAUGUGUGGCUAUCAGUGCUUCCAGAUUGAGCUGAGCCGCGGGUACAGCUAUGACAGCUUCCAUGAGGACCUCCGCAAACUGUACAAGAUGGCCGGCGUGGAAGGCAAAGACAUGGUCUUUCUCUUCACUGACACUCAGAUCGUGGUGGAAGAGUUUCUGGAGGACAUCAAUAACAUGUUGAACUCUGGGGAGGUGCCUAAUUUGUUUGAGAAGGAUGAGCUGGAGCAGGUGCUGGCGGCCACGCGCCCAAAAGCCAAAGAGGCGGGCGUCUCCGAGAGCAACCGCGAUGAGGUGUUCCAGUUCUUUAUCUCGCGUGUCAGAGAGAAGCUGCACAUCGUGCUGUGUAUGAGCCCGGUGGGCGACGCCUUCAGGUCGCGUUGCCGUAUGUUCCCCUCCCUGGUCAACUGCUGUACCAUCGACUGGUUUGUCCAGUGGCCCAGGGAGGCUCUGCUGUCCGUCUCCCAGACGUUCUUCAUGAACGUCGAGUUCGGGAGCGAGGAGAUGAAGCAGUGUUUCUCCGAGAUGUGCGUGGUGAUCCACGUCAGCGUGACCGACAUGGCGGAAUGUUUCUUCUCCGAGCUCCGUCGGCGAUACUACAUCACGCCCACCUCGUACCUGGAGCUCAUUAACCUCUAUCUCUCCAUGCUCGGGGAGAAGAGGAAGCAGCUUGAGGCGGCCCGUGACCGCGUGAAGAACGGUCUCACUAAGCUCCUGGAGACCAAUGAACUGGUGGAUAAGAUGAAGUUGGAUCUGUCCGCUCUGGAGCCUGUUCUGAAACAGAAGUCGAUCGACGUUAAUGCUCUCAUGGAGAAACUCGCCGUAGACCAGGAAAAGGCAGAUCAGGUGCGUAGAGUCGUGAAGGAGGAUGAGGCUUUGGCCAAAGUGAAGGCUGAGGAAACACAGGCCAUCGCCGACGACGCCCAGCGAGACCUAGACGAAGCUCUGCCGGCUCUGGAAAGCGCCAACAAAGCCCUGGACUCGCUAGACAAGGCCGACAUUUCCGAAAUCCGCGUGUUCACCAAACCGCCCGAUCUAGUCAUGACUGUUAUGGAGGCGGUCUGCAUCCUACUCAACAACAAAACAGACUGGGCCAGUGCCAAGCAGGUUCUGGGUGACUCCAACUUCCUGAGGAAACUGACGGAGUACGACAAGGACAACAUCCGCCCUCAGAUCCUCCAGAAGCUUCAGAAGUUCAUAAAUAACCCGGACUUUGUUCCGGAAAAGGUGGAGAAGGUGUCGAAAGCCUGUCGCUCCAUGUGUAUGUGGGUAAGAGCCAUGGACCUUUACUCCAGAGUCCUCAAAGAGGUGGGACCCAAACGGGAGAAACUGGCUGCCGCACAGGCGGAGUUAGAUGUGACCAUGGCAACUCUGCAAGAAAAGCAGGAGAAACUCAAAGACGUGGAGGACCAGAUCAAAGUGCUCCAGGACCAGUUUGACUCCAGUGUUGAAGAAAAAGAGGGACUUGCUAAGACCAUGGCUCUGACGGAGGCGCGGUUGGGGCGCUCUGGGAAGCUGACGGAGGCCCUGGGGGAUGAACAGAUUCGCUGGCAGGAGAGCAUUGCUCAGUUUGAGCUGGAGAUUGACAACGUCAUAGGAAACGUCUUCAUAGCGGCGGCUUGUGUGGCCUAUUACGGAGCCUUCACGUCCCACUACAGACAACUGCUCAUAGAUAAGUGGAUAUCACAAUGUCAGGAGUUGGGUAUUCCGAUCAGCGCCAACUUCAGCCUCAUCAACAUACUCGGCGACCCGUAUGAAAUUCGACAGUGGAACGCCGAGGGGUUGCCAAGGGACACGGUCUCCACGGAGAAUGGAAUCCUGGUGACCCGCGGCCGACGCUGGCCCCUCAUGAUUGACCCCCAGGAUCAGGCAAACCGCUGGAUCAGGUCAAAGGAAACCAAGAAUGGACUGAAAGUGAUUAAGCUGACCGACUCGGGCUUCCUCAGAACCUUGGAGAACGCCAUUCGACUGGGCAUGCCCAUUCUGCUUGAGGAGUUGAAGGAAACUCUGGAUCCAGCACUGGAGCCUGUUCUGCUGAAACAGACGUUCGUCACAGGUGGCAGAACUCUGAUUCGACUGGGAGACUCCGACAUCGACUACGACAAAAACUUCCGCUUCUACAUGACCACAAAGAUGGCCAAUCCUCACUAUCUCCCAGAGGUUUGCAUUAAAGUGACCAUCAUCAACUUCACUGUCACCAAGUCUGGUCUAGAAGACCAACUUCUCAGUGACGUGGUGCGUUUGGAGAGGCCUGACCUGGAGGAGCAGAGGAACCAGCUCAUCGUGCGUAUUAACGCCGACCGGAACCAGCUGAAGGCCAUCGAAGAUCGCAUCCUCAAACUGCUCUUCACCUCCAAGGGCAACAUCCUCGACAACGAGGAACUCGUCCAGACUCUGCAGGAGUCAAAGGUGACGUCAGAGGCCAUUAAAUCCCGUCUGAUGGAGGCGGAGUCAACAGAGGUGAUGAUUGACGCGGCGAGGGAGAAGUACCGCCCCGUUGCCACCCGUGGCUCUGUCAUGUAUUUCGUCAUUGCCAGUCUAUCAGAGAUAGACCCCAUGUACCAGUUCUCUCUAAAGUACUUUAAACAGCUGUUUAACAGUACCAUAGAGACAGCGGAGAAGCACAGUGACCUGGACUCCAGACUGCGGAUCCUGUUGGAACAGACUUUGCUGAGUUCGUACACCAACGUGUCGCGAGGCCUGUUUGAGCAGCACAAAGCCAUCUACAGCUUCAUGCUGUGUGUGGAGAUCAUGAUUCAGAGAGGAGACGUCACGCCCGCCGAGUGGCAGCACUUCUUACGCGGCGCCGCCGGCAUGGACAAGGAGUUGGAGGUGAAACCGGAUGUUCCGUGGCUGUCUGAUUUAGACUGGGAAACAUGCUGUGAUCUGGAAGACAGGUUACCCUGCUUUAAGGGUCUCAAAAAAGAGAUCGUGGCCACGCCCAUCUCUGUCAAACUGGGGCGUUUGGAGGUGCGGAUAAACCCAAAGCAGUGGGAGGGUUACGUGACCAGUUUGCCUCCAUAUUCGGAGGAGACGCCGGCGGAGAAGCAGCCGCAGGUCAGAGGUCACUGGGACAAGAGACUGGGCACAUUUCAGAAGCUCAUCCUCAUCAAGAGCUUUGCGGAAGAGAAGCUCGUGUUUGCGGUGACCGAGUUUGUGAUAGUCAGUCUGGGGAAGCAGUUUGUGGAGAAUCCGCCGGUGGAUCUGGCAACCCUGUACGCCGACAUGUCGCCGUCCACUCCUCUGGUUUUCAUCCUCAGCACCGGUUCUGACCCCAUGGGAGCUUUCCAAAGAUUCGCCAAAGAGAGAGGAUACUUAGACAGAGUGGAAUCCAUCUCUCUGGGUCAGGGGCAGGGUCCCAUAGCCGAGAAGAUGAUUCUAGAAGCUCUGAAGUCUGGCAGCUGGGUCUUCUUACAGAACUGUCACCUGGCUGUGUCCUGGAUGCUGGCUAUGGAGGAGCUUAUUAAAACCUUCACCGAACCUGAUACGGUCAUCCACGAGAACUUCCGGCUGUUUCUCAGUUCAAUGCCCACGAAAGUCUUUCCUGUGACGGUCCUGCAGAAUUCAGUCAAGGUAACCAAUGAGCCGCCGAAAGGUCUCCGGGCCAACGUGAGGCGGGCAUUCACUGAGAUCAGCGCUGACUUCUUUGAGGAACACGUCCUCGGCAGGAAGUGGAGGAAGACCAUCUUUGGGCUGUGUUUCUUUCACGCCAUCAUUCAGGAGAGGAAGAAGUUUGGACCCCUGGGCUGGAAUAUUCCAUAUGAGUUUAAUGACAGUGACAGGGAAUGUGCUUUGCUAAAUCUCAACCUGUACUGUCAAAGUGGAUCCAUCCCUUGGGACGCUCUCAUAUAUAUAACAGGUGAGAUCACAUACGGGGGCAGGGUAACUGAUGCCUGGGACCAGCGCUGUCUGAGAACCAUCCUUAAGGGCUUUUUCUCACCUCCAACCAUCGAGGACGGUUACAACUACUCUGCAUCAGGGAUCUACUAUCCCCCUGAAGCAGACAGUCUGAGAGAAUAUAAGAACUACAUAGAGGGUCUCCCUCUCAUUGACGACCCUGAAAUCUUUGGCAUGCAUGAGAACGCUAACCUGGCCUUUCAAAGGCAGGAGACCGUGACCCUGCUCGGUACGAUUCUGGAGGUGCAGCCGCGUCCCUCGGUCGGCGGCACGGGGAAGAGCAACGAUGAAAUAGUCCACGAGCUGGCCGAUUCUAUUCUCGCUCGAAUCCCAGAGCGUUUGGAGAUGGACGGGGCCAUAGAGAGUCUGUUUGAGAGAGACAGUAAUGGGCGGAUCAGCUCUCUGACCACGGUGCUGGGACAGGAGGUGGACCGCUUCAAUGCCCUGCUCCGAGUGUUACGGAGGUCUUUGUUGACUCUACAGAAGGCUAUAGCAGGUCUGGUGGUGAUGUCAGAGGAGAUGGAGAGGGUGUAUAACAGUUUCCUGAACAACCAGGUGCCAGAGCUGUGGGCCAACAGCGCCUAUCCUUCCCUCAAAACCCUGGGGAGCUGGGUCAGAGACCUGGCCCUCAGAACCACCUUCAUCCAGAGUUGGGUGAAUAGAGGACAGCCGAAGUCAUUCUGGAUCUCUGGGUUCUUUUUCCCCCAGGGAUUUCUUACAGGGGUGCUGCAAAACCACGCACGCAAGUAUAACCUUCCCAUUGACGAGCUGAACUUCCGUUACAACGUGGUACCAGCCUAUCGCGACCAGUCGGCCGUCUGCGAGGCUCUGAAAACCGUCAGCCUGGAUGCAGAACUGGACCUAGACCAAGAGCUACCCACCAUUGAGGACGGCGUGCUGGUGCACGGGAUGUUCAUGGAUGCGAGUCGCUGGGAUGACAUCAACGGCGUGAUAGAGGACGCCCUGCCGCGGGUGAUGAACCCGAUGCUGCCUGUGGUGCACUUUGAACCUCAGCAGAACUAUGUUCCAGAAGCUUCCCUGUACCAUGCCCCUCUAUACAAGACCGCUGCUAGAGCAGGCACUCUCUCCACUACAGGGCACUCCACUAAUUUUGUGGUGACGGUGAUGUUGCCAUCCAGACGGCCCAGUGACUACUGGAUCUCCAAAGCCUCUGCGUUGCUAUGCCAACUCACGGAGUGA